AUGCACAAAACUCAUGACUAAAUUACACAAGAAAGUUAACAAGAUCUUUUUAAUGAAAAUACAAACUCAUCCUUGCUAGGAGUUAAAUCUUAUUAGUAGUACGCCUAUAGAUGGAUAAUUUUAAUAUGUUUUCUAGGUGUUGUAUUUAUAAAUGGGAUUGCAUAUCAAACUUUUAUUCCAAAUGCAAAAUAAGUAUAAUAUGAUGAUAAUUAAAGUUUAUAGAAUUAUAUGAUGUAAGCGAAUAAAUAAUAACAUUAUCGGGAACAAUAUUUUUGAUAAUGUAACCAUUGUUUACAUUUUUUGCCUCAUCAUGUAUCUAUAAAUUUAAAAUAAGUCAUUGUUAAGAAAGGAUUCGCGUUAUCGUUAAAUUUUGGUGUUUUGCUAACAAUAAUUGGAUAUGGAAUAAGAUUAUUUAUAAAUAAAUUUUCAUUUUCUAUUGUUAUUUUAGGAUAGGCAUGUUUAGGAAUUUCAAGACCCUUUAUAUUGAAUGGUCAGAUUACCAUGGCAUAAAAUUGGUUUUAUCCCUCAAAUAGGACUGCUGUAUUAACAGCGUGCAAUGCAUUUUAAACAUUUUCAAUGAUCAUAAGUGUGAUAUGGCCAGCAAACUGGAUUUUUCAAGAUUAUUCUUAUACAGAUGAGUUGAGAGAAAAAGGAUUGGAAUUAUCUUUGAAACUCUAAUACUAAUAAUUCUUUCUAAGUCUUGUUCUUAUUCCUGUAAUAUUUUUAAUUCGAAAUAACCCAGUAACUCCUCCUUCAGGAUUUACAACUGCAGACAAUGAAGUUGGAGUUUCGGAGUCAAUAAAAAAAUUACUAAGAAAUGGAAAUUUCUUACUCAUUCUUUUAACAUAUAGUUUAUAUUUUGGAACUAUCAAGGGAUAUGGAUUAAAUGUACCAUAUUUAAUGUCUCCUUUUGGAUUCAUUGAUACUCACUAUUCAAUUGCUUCUUCAAUGCUAAUAAUAGGUGGAUUUAUAUCGGCAGGAAUGGUCUCUAAGGUUGUUUAAAAAUUUAAAAGGUAUAAGGCGAUAGGAUUGGUUUUGCUAUCAAUUUCUUUAGUCUUAGCAAUAUUGACAUAUCCUAUAAUGAUGACUAAGCAAUUCAUCCCUUUAUGCAUUUAAUAGUUAUUAUUAGGAUUUUUCUUAAUUCCAAUGGUUCCAGUUUUGAUGGAAUUUGGAUGUGAAGCCAUUUACCCAUUGAAUGGCAGUUUUUCUAUUGGACUUAUGGUCUCAGGGGCAACAAUAGCAGCUUUGUUGAGUAGCAUUUUAUUAACCUAUACGGCUAAAGGCAAAGAUAGUGACAAGUAAAGUGCUUUAAUAACUACUAUCUUAUGCUGCAGUAUAUUUUUAAUCGGAUAAAUAUUAUUUUUAUUCACAAAAGAGAUUGAAAAUAGAACAAAAGAGCAGGAAAAAGAAAACAAAAAUAUAUUGAAAUUAGACUCCUCUAAUACUAAUAAUAAAAAUCAUUAAACUUCAAUUAAUGAAUCUUUUGAUUCAUUUAACAAUAAAACCAAAGAUAUUUCUGCAAAGGAGCAUUUGAUUAUUGAUUAAAAUUAAUUUUUAAACAAUGGUGAUGAGAUUAGCAGAAUUGAAAAAAAAAAUUGA